AUGAGAGGUGGAGAAAAUGAACAGUCAACAGACAUUAUCAGUGUUUGGGAAGGAGACUCCAUCAGCAUAACCUGCUCAAUGCAAAGUUCAGAAAAUGAAGUGGUAACAAUUUUGACGACUAGCAUACAGCCGGUCAAUGUGAUACAAGUUUCCAAGCAGAACGCUUCAUAUAUCCUUCCUGCUUUGGCUAAUCGUACCAAAUAUUCAAAGGAAGGAAGGAAUCUCAAGAUAACUCUGCACAAUGUACAGGAAUCUGAUUCUAAUAUCUAUCUAUGCGCUAAGUAUAUUAAAAGCAAAGGCAAUCACAAAAAGCUGUAUGGGAAGACAAGCAUAGUAGUGGUGAAAGCUAAAAGCGCUGGAGUUAUUGAACAGUCACCACUCUAUGUCAAUCCUCAGCAAGGCCAGUCUAUCAGCAUUACCUGUGCAUUGAACAGCUCACAUGAAGAUGAAGGGAUCUACUUGCUCAAGACUCACAUGCAACCUGAAAGAGUGCUAUAUGUUUCAAAUCAGAAUGAUUCAACGAUCUUUCCUGCUUUUGCUAAUCGCUUGGAAUAUUCAAAGCAAGAAAAGAAAAUAGUGAUAACUCUACACAACCUACAGAAAAAUGACAGCGAUAUAUAUGUAUGUGCUGGGGUGAUUAAAAAUUUCUCUUUCCUCUCUGUGAAUAGAAGCGGCACCAUGAUGCUGAUUAAAGAAGUGGAGGACACACACUGCAGUCAUAACUCCUGGGGCUUCUAUGGUCUUAUCAUCAUGGUAGCACUACUGUUUUCUGUGCUGACCUGCUGCAUCUUGUACCGUGUUGAUAUGAAGAAAUACUUCCAGAAAAAGAAACAAAAUACAGUAUAUGAAGAUAUGUCUUACACUUCUAGACGGGGCACCUUGGUCACAGUUAACACUUAUACCAUUGACAAUUAAGCUUCUGCCAGCUGGGAUGGUGUGUGGAUGGAUCAUUCCUUUACAGGUCUCUCUGAGAGCUGCCUUAGCAACCUGAUG